AUGGGAAAGUCAAAAGCACUCUAUGCAUUUUCGUUCUUAGCUCUAUAUUUUUCUUUCUGCACAAUAACACCAACUUCUUCAACCUCUCUACAAGAUGACUUCAUCAACUGUCUACACGAAAACACAAAUGUCGAUUUUCCACUCCUCGAAACAUUCUUUUCACCUGAAAGAAACGUCUCGGACUACAAAGAAGUCCUUGAAUCAACAGCUCAUAAUCUUCGGUACGUGACAGAGUCCAUGCCUAAACCGGGAUUCAUAUUCAAACCGGUUCACGAGUCUCACGUCCAAGCUUCAGUCAUAUGUUCCAAUCAACUUGGAUUUCAUCACCGUGUUAGAAGCGGCGGCCACGACUAUGAGGGUUUGUCUUUUGUUUCACUGAUGGAAACACCGUUUAUAUUGAUCGAUCUGUCGAAACUACGGCAGAUCAAUGUUGAUAUUGAAGAUAAUAGUGCGUGGGUUCAGUCUGGUGCUACAAUUGGUGAACUCUACUACAGAAUUGCAGAGAAGAGCAAGAUCCAUGGGUUCCCAGCAGGGUUGUGCACAACCGUAGGCAUAGGUGGGCAUAUAACAGGAGGUGGGGACGGCACCUUGUUGAGAAAGUAUGGUCUUGCUGCAGAUAACGUUCUAGACGCAGUAAUCGUUAAUGCAGAUGAGAAGAGCAAGAUCCAUGGGUUCCCAGCAGGGUUGUGCACAACCGUAGGCAUAGGUGGGCAUAUAACAGGAGGUGGGGACGGCACCUUGUUGAGAAAGUAUGGUCUUGCUGCAGAUAACGUUCUAGACGCAGUAAUCGUUAAUGCAGAUGGUAAAUUACUUAACAGAGCUGCGAUGGGAGAGGAUUUGUUUUGGGCGAUUAGAGGAGGCGGUGGAGGGACUUUUGGGGUAAUUCUAGCAUGGAAGGUCAAGCUUGUUCCCGUUCCUGAAACCCUAACCAUGUUCACCGUUACUAAAACAUUAGAACAAGACCCAGAAACCAAGAUUCUUUCAAAGUGGCAAAGAAUUGCCGACAAGCUCGUUGAAGAGCUCUUCUUACGAGUGAUGUUCAGAGUUGCGGGGGACAAGACACUGACCUUAGAAUACAAAGGUCAGUUUCUUGGCGAGAAAGGCACCUUGAUGGAGGUUAUGAAGAAGUAUUUUCCGGAACUAGGGCUAACUCAAGAGGAUUAUAUCGAAGUGAGCUGGAUUGAAUCCGUUCUUGCCAAUGCUGGAUUCCCAACAGAUUCUCCUCUGGAAGUUUUGCUUGACCCCAAGUUGUCUCCGUAUGUAAAAGUGUACUUCAAAGGAAAGUCAGAUUUCGCUACAGAACCCAUUCCGCCUUUUGGUCUCAAAGGAAUGUUCAAGAAAUUGGUUGAAGAAAACACAUCAUCUAUGUUUAUGAUUCCCUACGGUGAAAUUAUGGCAAAGAUUCCUGAAUCUGAGACCCCAUUUGCGCAUAGAAAGGGAACCAUCUUAAAGAUUCAUUAUGCCACGAUCUCGACGUCAGAGGACGGCAUAAGUUUAACCAAACGAACGAAAUGGAUCAGAGAAAUGUACAGUUACAUGACACCAUAUGUCUCAAGCAAUCCAAGGCUAGCAUAUGUGAAUUAUCGUGAUCUAGACUUGGGAGCGAAUACGAAAGACUCGAAAGCUAACUUCAUAAAAGCUCAAACGUGGGGAGCCCAGUACUUCAAGAACAAUUUCAACAGACUGGUGAAAAUUAAAACAAAGGUUGACCCAGAGAACUUCUUCAGGCACGAGCAGAGUAUCCCAUCGCUACCCUUCUCGAAGAGGCUAAGUUCAUGGUAA